AUGAAGCAGGUUGUGCUACUAUGAGUAAUAAAGAGCCCAGCGUGAGCGUUGCUUUGCACACUUUCAGGUUGGGAUUAUCCAGCUUUGCUGUCUGUCCAAAUGAUAAAACACAUUAUUCGUUAUGUGCAGAAGGCACUGAUCUUCUGUUCUCUCUUACUGUAUGUGGCAGUAGGCAAACUCCUCAUGAUCCUCUUUCCACAGACCAUGGCAUCGGUGCUUAAAUCUCGCUUUCAGAUGACCGGUGCUCAUGUGCCAAAGUUUCAGUACGAAGACUGGGGACCCUCCAUCUUCACUUUCAAGUUCUUGAGGUCGGUGCUGCAAAUCAAGUGGCUUCACCUAGAAGAUGAGGCAUUUCUGGGGGGUGCUGCACCCAACACACCUGUGAUGGACCUGGAUGGUGAACUGCACCACAUUUGGGAUUAUACAAAAGGUCAACGGCCGUUGGUGCUCACAUUCGGAAGCUGUACAUGACCCCCGUUCAUGUUUAAGCUCAGCGAGUUUAAUAAGCUUGUCUGGGAUUUCAGUUCCGUGGCUGACUUUUUGAUAAUCUACAUUGAUGAGGCUCAUGCAGAAGAUGAAUGGGCCUUGAAAAACAAUAUCUCAAUAUAUAAGCAUCAGAACAUUCAGGACCGUCUGGUUGCAGCCAAGCGUCUACUUGAGGAGCUGCCUUCUUGUCCUGUGGUGUUAGACACUAUGGAAAACUCAUGUAGUGUCAAGUAUGCUGCCCUCCCUGAGAGGCUUUACAUCCUCCAAGAACACAAAAUCAUUUAUAAGGGCAGCAUGGGUCCCUGGGGCUACAAACCAGAAGAAGUACGUUCUGUUCUUGAGAAUAAGAAAUUUCCUGGGUGUCAUCUCCAACUCGACAGCGACAGAAGAAAAGCUCCGAAAUAGCCAGAGACCAGCUAUGAAUUCUCCCAUAAUAAUGGACACAUUAAAAGGCAACUGUAUGUGGUGCCCUGCGGCUGAAAACAAGACAUUUCCUCUGGGUGUCACUCUCAAACAUACACUGAUGGAAGAAUAAAAUCACAACCAGGAUAAUUUGAGUGGCCAGCCCAGCCAUGAAUUACACAAGUACAUUAACAUGAACUUCUACUUAAAGGCAAAAGCCACCCUUCUGACGUUGUUCCAUGUUUCACCCCAUAAGUAAAGUGCAACACGAAACAUGGUGCCAUUUGACAGAUCCCCACCCUCAAACUGCCCCCACCUGAAUCGUAGGGUGCUUUACUUAUUGGCUUCUGCAUUUUUUUUUUAUUUGGCAUGGCUAUAGAGCUGUAGUUUCCCAUUCACGCAUUUGUGAAUGAAAGACGAAGUUCCAUUUGCCAGCAUGACACAUGAAUUCAUAGCUCUCAAUGGAGCACAAGUGCAAUGACGUAACCCUUCUUGUAGUCCAUUGUUUACUUCCUCCAGCUCCAUAACUGAAGGUCCCUACUUCCAUACAGACCUGGGGCUGGGAGGAAAGCCUGCAGGAGCCUAUACAGUACCCAUGAUCCACCAAUCGUGGUUGCAAUGCUUUGUAGGUUUCAAUGCAAUAUGGGUGCAUUUAUUAUUUUGUUUACAUAGCAGCACCACAUAUAG